ACAAGCCAAUGCGAAAAGGCUUUAGUGUAUAGCAUUUCGUCACAUUCAAAUAUAUUACUCUACAGACUGACGAAACUACCCUCAGACACCUUCUUCUUUCAUACGCUUCUCUUCUUCUCUCUCUGUAACACCUUCACCGGCACUAUGUUCAACAACAGCAGAGGAGGAGGCUACUCAUCCUCUUCGAAAGACGAGGAGGAGCCUCUCCUCGACGAGCUCGGGAUCCACCCGGAGCAAAUCUGGAGCAAGACUCGAUCGAUCCUCAACCCGUUCCGAACCAACCGGACCGUCCACGAGGACUCGUCGGAUCUCUCCGGGCCGAUCUUCCUCUACCUCGCGCUCUGCCUAUUCCAGCUCUUCGCCGGGAAGAUCCAGUUCGGUGUUAUACUCGGAUGGAUCGUGGCCUCGUCUGUUUUUCUCUACGCGGUUUUUAACAUGCUCGCGGGGAGGAGGAGCGGGAACUUGGGUCUGCACACGUGUACGAGUUUGGUUGGGUAUUGUUUGCUUCCGUUGGUGGUUUUCUCUGCGGUGUCGUUGUUGUUCGUGCCGCGGGAGGGAGAUGGGGUUGUUGUUGUUAGGUUUGUGGUUGCGGGUGUGUUUGUGUUGUGGUCUUCGAGGGCUUGUUCUGGUUUGGUUGUGUCUUUAGCUGAUGGUGGAGAGGAGCAUCGUGGGUUGAUCUCUUACGCUUGUUUCUUGAUCUAUUGUCUCUUCUCUCUUCUCGUUGUGUUUUGAUUUAAAGAAAAAUAUUGAUAGUUUUUUUUUUUUUUUUUUUUUUUUGAAACCUUU